UUGCCUGUCCCGGCCCCCCUGCCUGUCUCCUGCCCGCUGCCCUGCCAGCCAGUCCCGCUUCUCAGGUGUUUGGCAGGUGUCUGUGCCAAGCGCGUCAGGCUCCUCUUCCCUGCACAGAUCAAAGCUGGGCUCAGAGGAGCGUGCGUCUCCAGCUGCGCACUAAAAUAGGAGGAGCCGUAGCUCUUCUGCCCACUUGUAAGUGCAACUGGUAUGGGUAAUGGUGUGAGAGAAGGUCAAGUGGAUUUCAAACGGCAGGAUGUGGAGCCAGUUACAUCAACCCAUCUCCCGUCAGAGGAUAACCAGGAAAAAAAGAAAGUACUCAACUCCCUGAUGUCUGGUGCAUUGGCUGGUGCUGUUGCUAAAACUGCAGUAGCCCCACUGGAUAGGACAAAAAUCAUGUUUCAAGUGUCUUCAAAAAGAUUUUCUGCCAAGGAAGCCUACAGGCUGAUUUAUCGCACCUACCUCAACGAAGGCUUCUGGAGUCUCUGGCGGGGCAACUCAGCCACCAUGGUCCGUGUGAUCCCUUACGCUGCCAUCCAGUUCUGUGCACACGAAGAGUACAAGCAGCUCCUGGGGAGUUACUACGGCUUCCAGGGAAAAGCGCUGACACCCUUUCCUCGAUUCAUUGCUGGCUCUCUGGCAGGCACAACGGCUGCCAUGUUAACCUACCCCUUGGAUAUGGUCCGUGCUCGAAUGGCUGUCACGCCGAAGGAGAUGUACAGCAAUAUUGUUCAUGUCUUCAUCCGAAUAUCCCGAGAGGAAGGACUGAAGACGUUGUAUAGGGGAUUUACACCCACCAUCCUUGGAGUGAUUCCAUAUGCUGGUCUUAGCUUCUUCACCUAUGAGACGUUGAAGAAACUACACGCAGAUCACAGUGGGAAACUGCAGCCAUCCCCUCCGGAGCGGCUUUUGUUUGGUGCCUGUGCAGGCUUGAUUGGCCAGUCAGCUUCUUACCCCCUGGAUGUGGUUCGCCGACGAAUGCAGACGGCGGGGGUUAUGGGACACACAUACAGUUCCAUCCUUCUCACCAUGCAGGAGAUUAUAAGAGAAGAGGGACUAAUCCGUGGCUUGUACAAAGGACUCAGCAUGAACUGGGUCAAAGGUCCAAUUGCAGUGGGAAUAAGCUUCACAACCUUUGACCUGACGCAGAUCCUUCUCCGUAAAUUACAGCACAGCACUAAUGUUGAAAGGUAGUAGCUUAAUCCCCACAGCCCUUGCUGGGGAAAAGUACAACAUGUGUAGAAAGAGCAAUGCUAGCGUUCCCUCACUUUGUACAUGCUCUCCCCCAGCUGAGAACUUACCUUUCUUGUCUAUUUGUUUGUUUGUUUUUCUGUUGUUGGAUUUUUUUUUUCUUUUUAAUGAGCCUCUGAGUUACUUGGAAACCUCAACCUGAAACUAACUUUUUCCUAAAUGAAAUUCUUUUUUACAGUUCUGCAGAACUGAGUCCUCUAAAGUAGCUGCCUCACCCUUCUGGAUUACUCUUUGAUACCAGGAGUGGAGCCUCUCAAACAAACGUGUGCUGCUGCUGGCUCCUCACCUGGUCUCUGGGCAGAUAAAGCGGUGAAUGAUGAAAGAGAGGACUCGGUGCUGUUGGAGUGAACCCCUGAAUCUGGGAAGUGACUGCUGCUCCUCGUAGGCAGUUUUGAGUUACUGAACAUGUGUUAGCUGGAGGCAGUCUGCCAAGUGCAAUAUUCCAGUUAGUCUGUAGGGAAUGCCAGAUUCCUCUGACCUAUAAGCAUCGGUCUCCAUAAAACAGGACACAGCAGGAUUUAACAGGUCCAGGUCACUUCUGUUGUUCUGGAAGAUGAAUGUGAGCUCUGGCUGGAAAUGCUGCCCUUUUUCAGACGUUCUUCUCAUUUCUGGGUUGAGUUGCAUAAAAUAUCCCUUGCAGUGUCCCUCUGAGAUUACCAAAGACUGUAGACAGCGGGGGAGGAAAGUUCUGAGCGGUUUUGUAAAUCAAAUUCUCAUAUUUGUCGUCAGUGUUGUUGAGUAGGGGCUGUGCCUGGAUUCACAAACUGGAUUGAAUCAAAGAGCAGUAGUGCUUUCGGGCUACCCAAACCCUUCUGUAGUUGUCCUGGUCUUAAAGGCAGUGUUCUUCCGAGGGAUUUGGCAGACUGUAGUGUGGUCGUGACUUAACUCCUCAAAUUUGAAGUAUGUAACACUUCCUUUUCUAGUGCAUUAAGCAGUUUUAUGCUUCAGUAUUAUUGUUGCCGCUUUAUGCACGAGGCAAGAACAAACACCUCGGACUCACACGUGAUGCUGAUUUAGCUGUCCUGAAAGGCUGCUCACGUCUGGUGAAUGCAGCCGAGUAGUUGACCCGAGCUGCCAGCCCUGCAUCUGAACAAUUUUGUUGUCUUUUGGUGCCUGCUGUGUAGGUUGUGUCACCUCUGUUCGUUAGUCCACACCUAAGCCCGCUUGCUUUUAUUCCUAGAGUUCUUCUGGACCAACUGAGUCCUUGGGAGAAUGAGCACCACAGUCAGUAUUGACCCCUCAGAAAUUUUAUAUAUAUAUAUAUAUAUGGUGCCAAUCAUUUUCAGUUGCAAUUUGAAAAUUAAUGGUAAAGUACCUUUCAGUGUUUCGAUUUCAAAUCAGUUUUCAGGGAGAUGGAGAUUUGGGGGUAGUUUUAGUUUAUGUUCCAUUCCUAUGUUAAAUUUGCAAGAGAGGUCAAAGCAAACUUUAGACUUCUCUGAGAAUCAGAUUACAUAAACCAAGAUUAAAAAUCCCUUUUUGGCCGAUAGAGUCCGUAAUGUAUAAAAGAAGACUAAGACAUAAUUUAAAAGCUGUCCUUUUCUGCUGUAUGUAUUUUAGCCAUUGUAAUCUGAGCCUUGUGUCACGGCUUUAUUAAUGGGAAUGGAGGUAAUUGCACAAUUGGUAGAAAUAGCUUUCUCCUUUCUUUUGUCUUUGCACUUGUUCUUUGGAGCAUAACUUGCUUCUAAUGCCAAAUAUUUCCCUAGGAAUCGAGCGCCUACACUUCCGUUUUGUGGACGUGGCAGAGUGCCAGCAUACUGAAGUAUUAGCUUGCGUUGUUCCCGGAGCACGUGGGAUUGAUCAUACUUUAAUGGUUGUGGAUGGGCAGGGUAGUAACCUCAGUAAUUUCUGCCUCCAACCCCACAAAUGAUAAUUUGCAUUGUGAAACUUGACUGCAGUCACUGAUAUACCUUGUAAUUAAAUGUUGGGUGGUGUUGUUUGAAGAGUCUUUAGGGAGGAUGGCCGUGAAUUCUGUGUGUUUCUUGCUCCCGUGGCUAAUGGAAGAUGAUCAGCUGUUCUCUUCGUUUGGGUGACAUUUUGUUUAGUCCUUUGCGAGAGCUCUAAUUUCUUUUCUCCAAUGGAGAAGCCAAUUAUUUCUGCUCUUGUCUUUCUCUUCUCCGGCCCAGUGAGGAAAUCCUAAGGCAGUUGCAUCCCGCCCCAGAAGCGAGGUACAGACCGGCACUGGGUGUGUCAGCGGGUCGCUCUGUGUACGUGCCUCUGUGUGUGUCACUGUGUGUCCAAUCCAGGCCGAGGCCUCCCUGCCCAGCCGGUGGGUGCUGUGUGAAGACAAGAGGAAGCUGAACUUUGGCAUUCAAGUUCGAGCGGGCUCCUUGGCUCCACAGUAGGUCAUCUGGGAGGCAAGUGCAGCAGACCUGGUCUUAGGAGACGUUGAGCAUCACUGAACCUUUAUGGCAGCAGAGGUGGCUUAAUUCCUCCUGGGUCCUGACUGAGAAAGGAUUUACACUGGAUGACUAGCCUCUUGUUUGGGACUGAGCGGGAGGGCAGGUCUGCACAGGGUGCUUGUGCCAGUGGAUUAAAUGGACAGGGAGCCCAGGGACCCUGAGCUGAGAAACAGGACCUGCAGCACAGCCUGACUUGGGAGCCUUGGGCUCAGAUAAGUUGUUCCUUAAUUAGCAGCUCCACCUGAUCUUAAUUAAAUGGAAAUUUAGCCAAACAUCUUUUCCCAAGUCUUGCAGGCUGUUUGUUCAGAGACAGAUCUUUGAAUUCAAUCUGUAAUGGUUUUGGUCCUUUUGUUUCUUGCGCAAAAGUGUUCAGAGUAACUGUGUGUUAUUGCUUUGGGUCGUUUUAAGUAGCUUUUAAAUUUUUUUUUCCCCUUCUCUGAUUUGAAUGUAGAAAAGGAGAAACAGAGUGUUCUCUUCCCUUCUCUUAUGUCUCAAUUCAUGCAAGGAUUGUUCCAGAUCUCUCUGCUGCCUGGAAUGAGUGCCUGAGGAGUUUGGGGCAUGCUGAUUGGGAAGGGGAGGGUGCCUGUGUGCUGGCCAAGAAGGUCCAUUGCCUUUAGCUCUGAGAAAGGAGACAAGUCGAACAGGAAUAAUCUGUAGUCCUUAUUUUCUGUAGAACUUUCUUACUACCACACAUUGCCCAAUUCUCUUUUAUUCUUCUCAAAUUCCUUGCUUUUAUUUUCAAGUCAUGUUCCUCAUUGUUCCUUAAUGCGCUACCGCCAAACAUUGAUUUGUGCUUUUUUUUUUUUUCUUGUCUACUCUCCCUCCCUUCCUGCUUCUGCACCUUUAGUCCCGCACUAGCACUUCGAGAGAAUCAGGUCCAAUGAAAUGCAUCCAAAAUGACAAAAUUCCAGCUUUGAUAGCAAUGCCCCAACAGCCCAACUGGGCUUCCCACUCACAGGCAGGGCUGCUUGGGUGGGGGCGCACACACAGUUAAAGUCACUGGGUGACGGGGCAGAAGGUUUUCUUGAAAAUUCCUUGAACCACUUGUCCAGCCUAACGCCUUCACUUCUCCUAGCACUUCACCCUCCCAAGCUGUGAAAUGCCGCUGCUGCUUGUCGUCUCCUCUUUCGGUACCUCCGCCUGCCGCCCGCUUGCUCUGUGGGUCGCUCGGGGAGAGCUUGUCCUCCUGGGAGGCUCAGUCAGGGAACCUCAGUAUGUGAGAGGUAGGACCUGAGCUGGCUCCUUGCCUUGCCCCGCAUACCCCGUGCAGACCUCUGGCAGUUCCCCAGAGGGCAGAGCUGCCGAAGAGCUGGGUGGUGGUUGGCAGGCCCGUGGUGGAAGGGUCAGCAGAGGGGUCGCAGCCUCCUGAGGCGUCACGGAAAGCCGUGGGGUGGGUCCUGUGGGGUGGCACUGGUACUCUGUGGGAGCUCUCCCAAAGCAGUUUCAUAGCUUCUGUGGAAAAUUAGUGGUACUUCUGUUAACUUCUUAGCACCUUCUGCCUAGAAGGAGUCGAGCACUAUCAUCUUCACCCUCUGGUGUCUUUAACACAAAAACCAGGUGAGGCAGGAAAGGAAACUUUGAGCAGAAGCACUGUGGCAAUGCCGAGCGAGCCUGGUGCCAGUCCUGGGCGGGCAGAGGGGGGAGGAAAUGCCGUGGGAUACUUCCCGUGUUUCCCCAGUACCCAACUGGGGCUCUGCAGUACGUUAUGGACCCUCCCCACCCGGGCUGGGCCAGAGGAGGAGGUGGCCUUCCUACAAAACAGCCUUUUUAUUUUAUUGUAGGGGCUGAUUCCUCCUGCUCCCCCCGUCUCCCCCUUCAAUGCCAUGCGAUGCAGGGUUUCCCAGCACUGUUCACUGCCUGUGUGGUCUAUGCAUAUAUUAGCACAAACACUGUUAAAUGCCUUUUGUCAAGACGUGUCCUCACCAUCCAUGUGUGCGUGUAUGCGUGUGUGUCAAUUUUGACUGCUUUUCUUGGAUCUGGAGUUCUAUUUUAUUGCAGUGAAGACACUUUGUUAUAUAAUGUUUAUAUAUUUUAAGAUUUGUGCCAAGAGAGGAUGUAUAUUUAAUAAAAAAUAUAAUUGAC